GGGUGCUGAAGGUAAAAUGGUUCACGUGACAAAGAAUGAGGUUUUGACCUCCAGAAGAGCUUGUUCUGUUGGUGGAAGUUGUCAGAAAUCCCAGAAAAAACUAUGCCCAUAUUGGGUCAGUGGUAAUUGCGUUGAUGGUGAAAAAUGCAAGGAUUUGCAUUCAUUAUUCUCAGGCUCUGGGUUCUCACUGUUGACAAAGUUACAGAAGCACAGUAAGGCUGUUACUGGCAUAGCUCUUCCUUCUGGGUCAGACAAGCUCUUUUCCAGCAGUAAGGAUAAUUCUGUCUGUGUUUGGGAUUGCCACACUGGUCAGUGUGUUGUGACUGCUGAACUCGGUGGUGAAAUUGGAUGCUUGAUAAGUGAAGGCCCAUGGGUAUUUGCAGGUUUGCAAAAUGCUGCACAGGCAUGGAACAUCAAAAGUCAGACUGAACUUGUCCUUAGUGGACCAAAUGGCCUAGUUCAUGCCAUGGAUGUGGGUGAAGAUAUGCUUUUUGGCGGAGUGCAGGAUGGUUCCAUAUUGGUGUGGAAGUUCACAUCAGUGUCCUGUUCCCCUGAACCGGUGGCUUUUUUAAUGGGCCACAGAUUUGCUGUGCUCUCGCUUGUUGUGGGAGCUAAUUGCCUCUACUCAGGUUCCGAGGAUGAAAGCAUAAGAGUGUGGGACCUGAAAACUUUGCAGUGUCUGCAAAUAUUAAAUGGACAUAAGAAUUUUGUCACGUCUGUCCUUUGCUGGGACAAGUUUUUGCUGUCUGGUUCAUUGGACAACAGAUUGAAGGUCUGGGCAGCAAAUGAAAUUGGAGACUUGGAAGUAGUCAAUGAAGUGGAAGAAGACAAUGGUAUACUUGCUCUCUGUGGAAUAGAAGAUUCACAGUCCAAGCACAUCCUGCUUGUUUCAUGCAGAGACAAUACCGUUCGCCUGUACGACCUGCCAUCAUAUUUUUUUGCUGAGAGAGGCAGAAUAUAUGCACAGGAAGAGGUCCAGACAAUUGCAGUUGGUUGUGGCCCCCUGUUCUUCACCGGUGGUGCUGCAGGGGAGCUGUCUGUUUGGAAACUGCAUGGAAAGGCAAUUGGAAGUGUUGGAUCUUCAUGAGAGCCCUUAGGUGGCUUUCUUUUUUGGGAAUUAAAAUUAUUGUCGCAUAUAUGGAAUUUUAUUUACCAAGGUUGUCUAACAGUCUUGUAACGAAAUUGUACAAAUCAGGCUUUUUUUUAUUCUUUUCGUCCUA